UGACCCGUGGAUCCACAUUGGUGACUUGUACCCGGAAGGCAAGAAACUGCCGCUCCUUCCCGAUAAGCUGGGCCGAGACCAGUUUGAGCAGGGCAGUCACUUUGAGUGCUGCUGCUUGACCGCCUUCGCUGCACUUGUGGACCACCACCCCGAUGUAAUCCGCAACUUGUUUGUAACUAAGAAGGUGCGAAAGGACGGCCGCUACACCUUCCAGUUCCACAGGUAUGGUCAGUGGAUGAAGGUGGAAAUUGACGACCGCAUCCCGCUGCUGGAGAAGCAGACCCUCUUCUGUCGUUCCCCUACCCGCCAUUGGUGGCCCUUGUUGUUGGAGAAGGCGUACGCAAAGUUUUAUACCCUGUACCAGAACGUCGAGGGGUGCACACUGCAGGAGUUGUACUACGACUUUACUGGAUGCCCCGUGGUGAGCAUCCCGACCGAUCUGAAACUUGCGAAGCUCGCCACGUAUCCAAUUGAUGAGCCGGAGUUUUGGCUGGAAUUGGGGGAGAACUUGAACACGACAGCGUUAGGUGGCGUAACUAAGCCAAAAAAGGGCAGAGGCGGUUGGAAUGCUUGGCAGACAGAUGUACGGCGUGCUUGGAAUUGUUUCCCUGAGAAAAUCGUCUGGCCCUGA